GGCACAAUGAAGAGAGCUUUGCAAGGGAGCAACGAAGAAGAUUCUAGGAAAUCUUUUUCAGCUAUGAAGUUCUCAGACUCUAUAUUCUGUACAAAUUCUAUUAUCAUACAACAUCAAAGCUGGAAAGCAUCUUCGAAACCAUUAUUUUAAAAAAAAAAAAAAUCGAGACCCAAAUGACCUAAGAUGUCUUUAUCAAUAGCAAAGCGCAGAAAUUAUUUUAAAUCUGACCUGCAACAGCAUCCUUCUCUUUCUACCUAAACUGUUAGCCAAUAGCCAAAUGUUUCAGAAUAAUAUUGCUGACCAGCAGUUCGACCUGAAAGUUCUAAUUAAAAAUAUAGAAAAAAUAUAUUUGGAUCUAAAGAAGAUGAACGAGCUCACCAAAUUACUUCUGUGUGAUCUUAUUUUGAAUUUUAGUCAUCCUAUGGAGACAGAAGAUUUAGUAAAAGUAGAAGAAAGCAACAUUAUUUCCGAAGAGUUUAAAAUAUCAGAUCAUUUAGAAUUAAUUCCUUAUUUGAAUGAUGAUAUCUAGCAUAUUGAAAGGCAAGACUUUUCCAUUUGUUUGCAAAUUGUUAAAUUAUAUGUAUAAAUCUAAUAAUUGAGGAUUAAACUUUUAAUAAAUGUUUACUUAUUUGGAAAAUAAUUUUUUAUUGUUUGGUAGUGCUUUCCUUUUCAACUUUUGUUAAAAGUGAGUAAUUUCAGCUAAUAUAUCCUUUUAAAUAACUGGGUAAAUGAAUGUCAUGAAAUUGUCCAUGGGACAAAAAAACUUAAUCCUUUAUCCUAGGGGUAGCUUUAAUCUAGCCUGAAGUAGAAAGGAUUAUUAAUGAUGGACUUGUUACAUUUACUAUUUUUUCACAUAUGGCAGUGAGGUAGAAACUUUUUGUUACAUUUGUCCCCAAAUUCACCUUGCCAACAUUGUCACACACAGUUAAUUCAGUCCAUGCUGUAUUGGAGGUUAGAAAAUAUUGAUUCUAAUACUGUUUCUGCCAUGUACCAUUUCUGUGGCAUUUGCCAAGUCAUCUCACCUCUCUAGGCCUCACUUUUCUCAUCUGUAAAAUAAGAGGACUGGUUAGGUGAUCUCCAGUGUUCCUCUUAUUAUAUAUAUGCUUAUGAACCUCUUUUGGUAUCAGCAUAGAGUAAAACAAAAGGACUUAUAAAUAAUAUCAGCUCACAUUUAAGCCCUCAUACAACCAGAAGUUCACUGACACUGAACAACUGUUGAAAGUUCUGUAGCCUCUCUACACAAUAAAAGCCCUUUGAAAGUUUCUUGUGUGUUGAUCCACAUAUUUGUGUAGAAAGUGUUUUGUAGUUGUGUUCAAAGUGCUUUGUAGUUCUGUUCAAGAACAGAAAGUUCCUGACUUUCCCUUGACAGAGAGAUUCCUAAAUAUUUUAUA